UGAGCUCCGGUCCGUCCGGACCGGACAUAUCACUGUUCCCCCAAGUCCAUCCAGCUCAAGGAAGAGGAAGAGGUCGGUCUGCCAUGGCUUCUCAUGCUCUGACAUUGCAGACGCAAUUCAUUACCUCGAAAGGCCGUGGUCUUGGGAUACUUCCCAUAUCCAAAAUCCUUCCUUCAGCUUCUCAAGCUUUGCCUUUGAGGGGACGCAGAAGAUCUUCUCUCUCGGUCUCCGUCCGCGCAAUGGGCUCUUCUGCUUCUUCCCAGAAACCCGACAGCUCUCAAGGCUACUCUUCCGUGAGUGAUGAGGAAUUGAAGCAACGGCUCACACCUGAGCAGUACUAUGUUACUCGGCAAAAGGGCACGGAACGGGCUUUCACCGGGGAGUACUGGAACACCAAAACUCCGGGGACAUAUCAUUGCAUUUGCUGUGACACGCCAUUGUUCGAAUCAUCGACCAAAUUUGACAGUGGAACGGGUUGGCCCUCUUACUAUCAGCCCAUUGGGGACAAUGUGAAAUCGAAGCUGGACCUCUCUAUUAUCUUCAUGCCCCGUCAGGAAGUUCUCUGUGCAACUUGUGAUGCUCAUCUUGGUCAUGUCUUUGAUGAUGGUCCACCCCCCACUGGAAAACGUUAUUGCAUCAAUAGUGCUUCCUUGAAGCUCAAACCAAAAUAGAACAGAACACCCCGUGAGGACUGUUGCGAUGUUCUGAUGAUCAGUGUUAAUUCCUUGUUAAGGCAGUAGAACCUUGUAUCAAUUGGUGAAGAUGAACUAGGACGUUAUCUUUCUGCUGGGUGUGUGAUGCGCAAAUCCAUGUGGGUGUAAGCAAAAUCGCAUACAAUAAAAAGGUCCUGUGAAUAUAUUGUGGUUUUUGUGGCUCUUUUUACAUUGUAUAGGUUCCAAUCAAAUGUCUUGGUCAGGUUUC